UUGCCCGUGAGCAAUCUCCCAACUCAUCUCUGUCUAAGAUAUAAUCUUGAUACUAAACCUACAGUUAGGUAAUUAAUUAUUUAACCGAGGUUGGUGGAACCGGGCAUUAGUUAGUAAACCAGGUUUAAAGAAAGUCGUGCGUUCCACCAGAAUUCUUGGCUUGGCUUUAUCUUCCUGGGGAACACCGCGUAGUGUUGACUCGAAAAAAAGAAUCCAGAGAGAAUCAGAAAACCAAUCAUAUUGAGCCCGAACUUAUCGGACUGAAAGUCAAAAACAAAAACAAACAAUCCGACCAAAAAUAUUCGCGCGAGGACGCUGAUAAUUUCGUUCUGUCAAAAUUGUGCCGCGUUUAAGGGUAAACGAAAUGAAUGUCAAACAUACGACAUAGACUUGACAUAGUGUACUCCGAAUUAACGCUAGAGGCGUUAAAUUGAUAAAACUUUACUUCGUUUUGCUGAAAAAUUAUUUAUGCAUUGACCAAUUGUAUAACACAUCAGACGAGCAACAAUAUACUUGUACAGUUGAUUUAUGAAAUUAUUCUUUGAAUAAUCUGUCAAAAUUGUCAAGAAACUUGUUAUAUAAUCUUACUUUUUGAAUUUUAUACAAUUUGUUUCUCACUUGGAAAGUGUAUGUACACAAUAUAUUAGUGUGAUGGUGUGGCAAGAAAAAAUGCAAUGGCAUAGCAUUUGGAGGUAAUUGCAGUGGUUGAUACAGAAUGAGCUGCAUGGUAAAAAAAUCGUAAACUGAAUGGAAUCAUUAGCACGAAAAAGGACACUUGCUUUGAGGAGAUUAAACUUUGUUAAUAAGAAUGGUGUUAUUUGAAUUUUUUAAAAGAAUAUUAGGUUGGGCAGAUGAAGGGUCUCGAAAGCGUAAAGUUAGUAAUUCAUUCGAUUCUGAUUACAAGUAUGGAAGCACAAAAAGACCUUGCUGCAGCCACGUGGAUAACAAAGAGAUUUUGCUGGAUUUUGCAGUAGAUAGAGAAAAUUUGAACAUACAGCUGUGCAGUAAAAAAGAAAUGAAACCAUCAAGUAAACCGCAUUUAACGAAUGGCGCUGGCUGUAGCAAAAAUUCAUUUCCUGCAUUAAGGGAGUCAAAUAAGUACCAUCUGCAUUUUGACAAUCAAAAUGAUGCAAAAUUGAAUUGCUAUGAUGAUAAAAAUUUUACCUUUUCAAACAUGGCUGUAAAUAGUAAACAAUUGAUUUCGUCUAAAACUCAUCAAUUGCAGGAAAGGAAGCAAUAUGGGGAGCUGUUACAGAAUUUUGCUUCCCACCGAAUCAAUAGUCCAAGAAUUAAACAUAACGAACGAAAUACAGCACUUGAUUCGCGGGUAGAGAUAAUAGAUCUAGAAAAGUACCAUGAAUUAAGUUCCUCGCAUACCGAAAGGAAGAAUUCCAAUCUCAGCAAUACAUUCACAUAUUCUCGAUUAUCCUCGUCAAAUGCUUCAAGCAAAGGGAUAUCUAGCAGUGUCAAGACCAGCAUUCCAAAGAACACGGCUCUAACUUCACCAUUUUCAAAAGUACAAUCGAAGCAAGAUGACGGUAUUAGCAAAUUUAAGUCACAGCACAGCACAAAUACCUACUUCUCACCAUCCAACUCACUCCGAGACAAACUUGCCUGUAAAGAAGUUUUGAAAGAAGAUUUUAUUUUACAAGUUGCUAAGCGUCACAAUGCACGCAUCGAGCAACGCUCUAAAGAAGCGAAAGAGUUAGAGAAAAUGACCCAUGUCCUGAGUAAACACAAUCAAUUGGCAAGAGAGGCAGCUUUAGAAGAACAACUGACUCGCUCCAUGCGAUUAUGCGAAGCCAUCCUCGAUGACAGAGAAGAAUUAGAAGAGUCGAGUCUUCCAGAACUUACGGAUAGUAUGUUAAAAGAGAUAAAAAGUGCCGUCUCCCCACGUUCGCCCAAUGAAGUACUUGCCGAGGGUUUUGGCCUAAGAAUUACCAGGAAGGACAUUCAUACCUUGAUAGGACUUAACUGGCUGAACGACGAAGUUAUAAACUUCUACAUGAACCUACUUAUCGCAAGGGGCGGCAGCAACAAGUUUCCUAUGGUCCAUGCUAUGAACACGUUUUUCUAUCCAAAACUUCUGGCCGGAGGCCACAAUUCUCUUAAACGUUGGACCAGGAAAGUAGACAUAUUUGCCCAAGACUUGGUCGUUGUUCCGAUUCACCUUGGAAUACAUUGGUGCAUGUCGAUCAUCGACUUUAGAGCUAAAACUAUAAAUUAUUACGACAGUAUGGGAGGUAGCAAUCAAAAGUGCUUAUCAGCUUUAUCGCAGUACCUAAAAGAAGAGAGUCUCGACAAGAAGAAGAAACCGUACGAUUUAAGCGAUUGGAAGAUGGAAUGUGUCAAGGACAUUCCACAGCAAAUGAAUGGGAGUGACUGUGGAGUGUUCUCUUGUAUGUUUGCCGAAUAUAUUUGUGGGAACAAAAAAAUAACAUUUACCCAAGAGGACAUGCCCUACUUCAGAAACAAGAUGAUAUAUGAGAUUGUAAAGGGAAGGUUAUUAUAAUUUCUAAUGAGAUGCUUUGUGCGUGUACUUGUUCCAUAUAUGCAUAUGCGUACGCCGUACAUAUGUAUAAAUGUGGAUAUGCGCAUUCAAAUGGCAUGCUUUAGAGGCGUGUAAGUGACUAUCUUUACUCUUGCUUCUCUUUUCACUGUUAUCGAUUUCUAGACUCCUUUCGGUUUGGUGAGAGUAUCGGUAAUUCUGGAAACAAUUCCAGAAUUAUUGAUAGUCGUAUUUAUAGCAGUUUUUGGGCUGCGAUGAUGUGUUGUAUAUAACAAAGAAACCAGAUACAUUCUGUAGUUGAAAUACAGAAUUGACUAACAACGUGUGUUGUCAUAUGACCGAUGUUGUUUCGUACUAGCAUCUCUCGAUUGUUUACAACAAUGUAAUUUAUUACCAAAUGGAAAUUUGUCUACAUUAUAUUUGAUAUUCUUGUUCUACAAUUUUCUUUUUAUAAAUGUUACUGAAAUUGUAUCGCAACUUCCACAUUGUAUGCAAAGCCGAUGUCAUGCAAGAGAAUCUACACAUGAAUUGUCGCAUUAAAAAGCGAUGCAUCGAAUAUUGAAUUCAAAAAGUAAUAAUUUCAGGAAUUUUUUUUUAUUUGUAAUUUGUAAAACAAUUCAGACAUUUAUUUGUUUCUACUAAAGUAGAUGUACAAGAAGGUUGUCAAAUAUUAUAUACAUAAAUUUGA